AAACCGGCUUUAUCUGCCUCCUCCUACUUCCUCUACGAGCACAUGGAGCCGGUGACAAGACUAAACCAGUUCCAUCCGAAGUCGACUGAGGGCCAGUUUCAGCUGGCGUGUUGUCUUGGAGACGGCACCUCUAUAAAUACAGCCAGUAUCGAGACACAGGCGUGCACUUUUAGUUCAGACCGAGAGUGUUAUUCAGUUCUUUGACAGAUUCGUCUGACAAGGGAAAACCAAGUAAUUUUUUCCAGGAUUCUGGUCUAAUGGACACACUCUUUGUAAAUGCUUUUUAAGAAUAAUCGCUUUAGGAAAGCGCAGACUGGCUACUCUGCAGGCCCCGGCCUAGAGUGUUAUGUGAAAGGUUUCAACUUCACUGGUGAACCGCCUUGGCUGCUCUGCACCUGAUUAAACUACUUUGCCAAAUUCCAACUCUUUCUUGUCCAGUUUUCUUUUGUGACCAAUCUAAAAGUUAUUCUGCGACCAUGAACACUUUCGCUCCUGCCGAUUUUACCUUCCUGGAGGAGGGCUUCUGUGCCCGUGACAUUGUUGAGCAGAAGAUCAAUGAGAUGUCCAUGUCGGAUGAUAAGGAUGCCUUCUACGUGUGCGACUUGAGUGACGUGCUGAAGAAGCACAUGCGAUGGGCGCGUGCCAUGCCCCGCGUAACGCCCUUCUAUGCUGUCAAAUGCAAUGACAGCCGGACUGUUGUCACGACCUUGGCCUCCUUGGGCGCUGGCUUUGACUGUGCAAGCAAGACUGAGAUCCAGAUUGUUCAGUCUCUGGGUGUGGACGCUAGCAGGAUCAUCUACGCCAACCCUUGCAAGCAGGUAUCCCAGAUCAAGUAUGCCUCUGCUCACGGCGUGCAGAUGAUGACCUUCGACAGCGACGUGGAACUCAUGAAGGUGGCUCGGUGCCACAACAAUGCCAAACUAGUCCUGCGCAUUGCCACAGAUGAUUCCAAGGCCGUGUGCCAGCUCAGUGUCAAGUUUGGUGCCACCAUGAAGGCAUGCCGGGGUCUCCUGGAGAGGGCUAAGGAACUGGGCCUGGACGUUAUCGGGGUCAGCUUCCACGUGGGGAGUGGCUGUACUGACCCAGAAACCUACAGCCAGGCCAUCUCUGAUGCCCGCUGUGUCUUUGACAUGGGGGCUGAGGUGGGUUUCAACAUGACCCUCCUGGACAUUGGUGGCGGUUUCCCUGGGUCUGAGGAUACCAAGCUCAAGUUUGAGGAGAUCACAGCAGUUAUCAACCCAGCACUGGACAAGUAUUUCCCUGCCGACUCUGGGAUCCGGAUCAUUGCUGAGCCAGGCCGCUACUAUGUGGCCUCUGCCUACACCCUAGCUGUUAACGUCAUCGCAAAGAAGGUCAUCAUGAACGAGCAGUCUGCCUCUGACGAGGAUGACGAUUGGGUCAGUGACCGGACUCUGAUGUACUAUGUGAACGAUGGCGUCUAUGGCUCCUUCAACUGUAUUCUAUAUGACCAUGCUCACCCCUUGCCUACCCUGCACAAGAAGCCAAAGCCAGAUGAGCGUAUGUACCCCUGCAGCAUCUGGGGACCAACCUGUGACGGCCUGGAUCGCAUCGCUGAGGUGUGCACUCUGCCGGAUAUGCAAGUGGGAGAGUGGCUGCUGUUUGAGAAUAUGGGGGCCUACACUGUGGCUGCGUCCUCUACCUUCAAUGGCUUCCAGAAGCCAGACAUCUACUACAUCAUGUCCCGCACAGCUUGGCAGUGCAUACAGCAGAUCUGUGCCCAGGGGAUGCCCACUCCCGUUGAGGAUGCGUCCUGUGUGACAUCCAGCUGUGGCCAUGAGAGCAGCCUGGUGCUGCCCACCAAGUCUAGCCAGACCUGUGUGCUCUAAAAACAACACCAACAUAAUCUCAUACAUACCCACCACCACACUGCCACUCUACUGGCCCAGUACUCUGUGUUAUUAUUAAUUUCCUAUUUAAUGUUUAAAAAUUUUUUUUGUUUACUCAUACUGUUGAAAGGCCAGUUACUUGAUGGGAGAAUGAGAGGGGCAUGUUAGCGCACAUUUCUCACUUUUCUGUAUGAAAGACUGAGAUCUAAUCCUGAGCUGAGGCUGAAUCUCUCUUAAAACAUCACUAAAGGUACAUCUCGGAGGGUUGGAGUCAUAUUGUUACAGGGUUCCGAUUGGCUUAUGCCUACAAAGGUUGUAUGUUCAAUUCCAGUAGGGGCCACAAAACACCUUAAUUUGCAUUGACCAUAAAUCGCUUUAGAUGAGAGCAUUUGCAAAAGGGCAAUGUAAAUGUUACAUGACAGUGUCGUAGGGGAUUUUCUCUUGUAAACUCCAAUUCCCAGAAGGCUCCCUGUUUCAAUUGAAUCAACAACCCAAUCUCAUGACUCUAAAGGGGCUGUUUGAGGGUGACUUACUUCUCCAGGAAAUGGCUGCUACAGAUAUUUAAUUUUCCCCAAUCUCCUCUUUCAUACAGAACCCUUUGUUCAAUGUAGGGACUCAACAUGCAGACUGUCCCUCUUCUCCUUUUCUGUAUUUUUUUUUUAAUGUCUUUUAUUGCUAGGUAGUAUGUCAGUUAAUGAUACAAAUAAUUGUUACUAUUGACAAUGCAUUUUAAAAAGGAUACGCAGGAGAUGGGAUUGCACAUUUGUAUCACUUUCCUAUGGAAACAUUUUUUAAUUUUGUAUUUUUUUUUAAAAUAAAAUGUGUAGGUGCAGAGCUGAA